CAUGCAGAAUUCAAGCUGCAUUGUUGGGUUCCAAAAUGUGAUCUCCUUCCUUACUUCUUAGUUAUUUUUACUAUGGUAAUCCCACGGAUCAAUAUAUCCCGACGAUUCAUUUCUUCACCUGCAAACUUGAGUUCCUUCAUUAUUUAUGGUUUUAUGAAAACUUGGGGCUAGGUGGGGAAUUCCUCUCUUUUGUGACCUAAAGCAGAAGAUAAUAACUCAAAAUCACACAUUCCCCACCACCCAAAACAUCAAUAACGAGGCUCACACCGCCAGACCUCUAAGGCCGUGGAGUACAGGGGAUUUUCAGGGCAGUGAAACCAUUCUGUAUGACACAACAAUGAUGGGUACAGGUUAUUACACAUUUGUUAAAACUCAUAGAGUGUACAAAAUAGUGAACUGAAAUGUAUCUACUUUUUGUUUUUUUGCUUGUAAUUUGGUGUCAUCUCUAAAAUCACUAUGGGUUUUCAUGACCUUAGACGGGGUCAUAAAAAAUUACCCUUUGUUUGCUUCUAAUAGCUUUCUAGUUUCAACGUUUCCGUUUAUGACACUGAUCGAUUUUGAGCUGAUUUUUUUUGUAUCAUACACUCCAGGAGACUAGCACUUUCUGGCCCCUUGUUAGCUGUUGUUUCAUUCAUUUUUUAUAUAUCCUGUGAGGUAGGCGUCCAAAGUCAUUCUUUUGCAGUUGCAUAUCCAGUUGUAGUGACCUUUCGAGCCUGAACCUGCUCUCUCAGCCACCACAGAGUCUCCCAACUGAAAACAGCUAAGCAGCUCCCAAGUUUCCAUGGAGACAGUGGCCACAUGACCUCAACCUGGCCAAUGGGCUGAUCCCAUCUUCUUUGUCCACAGUGAUUGGCUAAGGCCUGCUCAUGUGACACACUCAGUGCCAAAGGUCAGGUCGUUGUCUUGGAAACAUCUGGGCGGAGAAGAUCUAUUUCCGUUAGGCUGCUGGAGCUGUGGGUGCCAUCUUGCCACGUUGGAGGAAGAGCCCACCUGAGAAUGACAUCAACUCAGAGGGAAGUCAGCAGAGCCAAGAGGCCGGGAGAGAUUAUUCCUGAUGACAUCAUCCGGUUCCUGGGUGCAGCCAUGGUAGAGUUGGCCUCGAACGUUGUCCCUGGCAUGGAGGUGACCAGAGGCCGCCCUCACAUGUCAGCAGACACCUCCAGCCGUGCCAUUCGUGUUCCUCGUUGGCAAAGUUUGUAGGGGUAGUAUUCUCAGUUGGCAUUCCUAGCUGAGAUGUGUAGCCGGGAGGUCACCACGCCGCAGGGCCUUGGGACCACUUCUGCCUCCGAGGAGACCCUUACUGAUGAUCAUAGGCUCCUCAAGGUCAUCAGCCAGGGCAGCUUUGCAGAGGUCAAGGCAGCUGGCCCAGCACAUUCUCACUGGGACGAAGAUGGCUGUGGAGGUCACCCCAACAGGGCAGCAGGGCUCCUGCAGCCCCCAGGGUCUGUACUGCAGGGUCCAUAUGAUGAAGGCCCUUAAUCACCCGAAGAUCAUAAGACCCACGUGGCUGGCACCGAGAACAGGCUGUUCCUAGUCAUGGAUUAAGCCAGCUCGGGAGAGCUAUCUGACUUCACCCUCGAAUUCUUCUUGAAGGGGGAAGAGGCCUGAGGCAAGUUCCAGCAAAUAGGAUAUUCCAUGCAGUGAGGCUUCCAGAAGGAAAUUAUCCACAGGGAUCUGAAGCCAGAGAACUUCCCUGAGGAGGCUCAGCACGACAUGGAAACAACAGACUCUGGCUUUGAUACCAGAUUCACCGUAGGCUGAAAGCUGAUCCCCUUCGGUGGGAGCUCCUCUUAUGCAGCCUCAGAACUGUUCCCCGGGACAAAAGUACGAUGUACCCUGGUGGGCGUGUGGAGCCUGGGAGUCACUGUCUACACCAUGGUGGCCGAGGACUGCUAUCUGUUGGGCAGACUUUUGUGGGGCUGAGGACGACACUAAUACUGUGUGAAUGGUGACAGGCGAUGCCAUUCCUUAUUUCCAUAGAACUAGAACGCCUCAUAAACACAAUUCUGGCCGUUGACUCCAGGGAGAGGCCCUCACUAGCCCUCAUCAUGGGGCGCCCAUGGAUUAACAUGGGCCAGGAGGAGACGCUAACUAAGGCCAUACUGGGAGCUGCUCCCCGAUCACCCGGAGUCUGGAAAGCGCUCCUGGUGUCCCCGGGAGAUGAGGCAGACCAUGUCCCAUCGUUGUUGGAAAAAUAUAUGAUGAUACCAUGGCCGGCUAUCAGAUCCUGGGCUGCAGGAAACCCGAGGUGUGGGGCGCCAUCAUCACAGUGAAGCUCCUGCCUUCAGCAGAUCCUACUACUUGCCGCCAUUCUCCCCCAUCACCUGAAAAAAACUCCUCUAAUGAAUAUUAAACUUGUACUGGAAAAAGGUCAAUAAAUAAAUAAAUAAGAUAUAGUCGCCUUAGCCAACUCUGUUUCCUUUUUUUUUUUUUUUUUUUUUUUGACAGAGUCUGGUUCUGUCAUUCAGGCUAGAGUGCAGUGGCACGAUCUUGGCUCACUGCAACCUUUGCCUCCCGGGUUCAAGCGAUUCUCCUGCUUCAGCCUUCCAGGUAGCUGGGAUUACAGGCAUGCGCCACCAUGCCUGGCUAAUUCUGUAUUUUUAGUAGAGACGGAGAUUCUCCAUUUUGGUCAGGCUGGCCUCAAACUCUCGACCUCAGGUGAUCCACCCGCCUCGGUCUCCUAAAGUGUUGGGAUUACAGGCGUGAGCCACCGCGCCUGGCCAGAAAACUCUGUGUUUCAGGCAUUCUGACCACGUCCUGCUUCAGAGAGAUUGUUCCCGGCGUCUCAGUGCUAUGGGGAGCAGGUGCCUCCUGGUCCUGCUGUCAGGUCUCACUGUCUUACUGGCUCUGCCAGGAUCAGAAGCCAAGAAUUCUGGAGCUUCCUGUCCUCCAUGCCCUAAAUAUGCCAGCUGCCACAACAGCACCCACUGUACUUGUGAAGAUGGCUUUCGGGCCAGGUCUGGCAGGACAUACUUUCAUGAUUCCUCUGAGAAGUGUGAAGAUAUUAAUGAAUGUGAAACCGGGCUGGCAAAGUGCAAGUAUAAAGCAUAUUGUAGAAAUAAAGUUGGAGGUUACAUCUGUAGCUGUUUGGUAGAAUAUACUUUAUUCAACUUUCUGGCUGGUAUUAUAGAUUAUGAUCAUCCGGAUUGUUACGAGAACAAUAGUCAAGGGACGACACAGUCAAACGUGGAUAUUUGGGUGAGUGGGGUGAAGCCUGGAUUUGGGAAACAGCUGGAAAAUCUGAGAAGAAAUGGAAGCAGAGAGGACUUUGCAAGAAGGGCUACUCAACUAAUUCAAAGCGUGGAGUUGAGCAUCUGGAAUGCGAGUUUUGCUUCUCCAGGAAAGGGUCAAAUUUCUGAAUUUGAUAUAGUCUAUGAAACCAAGAGGUGCAAUGAGACAAGGGAGAAUGCUUUUCUGGAAGCUGGAAAUAACACCAUGGAUAUCAACUGUGCUGAUGCUUUAAAAGGAAACCUAAGAGAGAGCACUGCAGUUGCCCUUAUCACUUAUCAAUCUCUUGGGGAUAUUCUGAAUGCAUCCUUUUUUAGUAAAAGAAAAGGGAUGCAGGAAGUAAAACUGAGCUCUUAUGUUGUGAGCGGCACCAUCGGUUUGAAGGAAAAAAUUUCCCUGUCUGAACCUGUGUUCCUGACUUUUCGCCAUAAUCAGCCUGGUGACAAGAGAACAAAACAUAUCUGUGUCUACUGGGAGGGAUCAGAGGGAGGCCGCUGGUCCACGGAGGGCUGCUCUCAUGUGUACAGCAACGGUUCUUACACCAAAUGCAAGUGCUUCCAUCUGUCCAGCUUUGCCGUCCUCGUGGCUCUUGCCCCCAAGGAGGACCCUGUGCUGACCGUGAUCACCCAGGUGGGGCUGACCAUCUCUCUGCUGUGCCUCUUCCUGGCCAUCCUCACCUUCCUCCUGUGCCGGCCCAUCCAGAACACCAGCACCUCCCUCCAUCUAGAGCUCUCCCUCUGCCUCUUCCUGGCCCACCUCCUGUUCCUGACGGGCAUCAACAGAACUGAGCCUGAGGUGCUGUGCUCCAUCAUUGCAGGGCUGCUGCACUUCCUCUACCUGGCUUGCUUCACCUGGAUGCUCCUGGAAGGGCUGCACCUCUUCCUCACCGUCAGGAACCUCAAGGUGGCCAACUACACCAGCACAGGCAGAUUCAAGAAAAGGUUCAUGUACCCUGUAGGCUACGGGAUCCCAGCUGUGAUUAUUGCUGUGUCAGCAAUAGUUGGACCCCAGAAUUAUGGAACAUUUACUCACUGUUGGCUCAAGCUUGAUAAAGGAUUCAUCUGGAGCUUCAUGGGGCCAGUAGCAGUCAUUAUCUUGAUAAACCUGGUGUUCUACUUCCAAGUUCUGUGGAUUUUGAGAAGCAAACUUUCCUCCCUCAAUAAAGAAGUUUCCACCAUUCAGGACACCAGAGUCAUGACAUUUAAAGCCAUUUCUCAGCUAUUUAUCCUGGGCUGUUCUUGGGGCCUUGGUUUUUUUAUGGUUGAAGAAGUAGGGAAGACGAUUGGAUCAAUCAUUGCAUACUCAUUCACCAUCAUCAACACCCUUCAGGGAGUGUUGCUCUUUGUGGUACACUGUCUCCUUAAUCGCCAGGUUCGAAUGGAAUAUAAAAAGUGGUUUAGUGGGAUGCGGAAAGGGGUAGAAACUGAAAGCACUGAGAUGUCUCGCUCUACUACCCAAACCAAAACGGAAGAAGUGGGGAAGUCCUCAGAAAUCUUUCAUAAAGGAGGCACUGCAUCAUCAUCUGCAGAGUCAACCAAGCGACCGCAGCCACAGGUUCAUCUCGUCUCUGCUGCUUGGCUAAAGAUGAACUGACCUGGCAAAUGCCAUGGCAAUGACCCGGAAGUUACCGCUCCUUUCCGUUUGUCUACGGCGCCCCUGUGGUCACACAUAGAUUGGACAAAUGCCACUAUUUCUAGCUUUCCUGUGAAAAGUCCAGGCUCAUUCACCUAUUUUGGCUUUUUAUGUUCAUAGAAAGAACAAGACAUUUGGGAGAAUUCUUAGAUCCAGAGUCCAGUAGUGUGGCACGUGCAAUGAAGUGUCGGAAGGAUGCAUUUUAAAGAUGGCGGGCGGGAGAAGUGGAUUUUCUUCUUGCAGCUACUGCCACCUUGCCAGAAACUCACUAACUGGCAUCUGGAUUCAGCUCAUAGUUCCCUUUCUGGCCUCUCUGCUGUAUUUUAUGCUCCCAAA